CUCUCAAUUUCACAAGAGAAUUGAUUUUUUUUUUCGCCGACUACUCUUGAUGUAAAUUAAUUAAUAAAUUUAAACGAAAAUAAAGAAGAGACGGUGCGCUUUUGCGCUCGCUGGCUCGUCCCUCUCAAAGGCAAAGCGAAGCGAGUGAAUUGAAUUCUCAAUGACCGUUGACCAACGGCCAUGCAAAUCGUUGGCGCCAAAUUACGAACUACCAAAAUUUUGCCAUUGUCAUUCCAACUCUCGCUCUUACGUACUGCCUGUUCUUUGAUUUCCUCGAAUUCUUAUAUUUGUUUGUUUGGAACGAAAAAUUUCUCUGUUUUGGCCACUCCCCCUUACAAUUCUUUACUCUCUUUCCAUCUAAGAAACGGAAGAAUUGAUGAAGCUCGAUCAUUAUUUAAUAAGAUAUCGUCCCCUGGUGUUAACUUAUACACAAUGAUGAUUGGGGGUUAUGCAGAAAAAGGUAGGCUUGAUGAUGCUCUGAAACUGUUCUAUGAAAUGCCUGUGAAGGAUCUGAUUUCAUGGAAUUCUAUGCUCAAAGGGUGUCUCAAAUGCGGGGAUUUAAGUAUGGCUUGUAACAUGUUCGAAAAAAUGUCUGAAAGGAAUGUCGUUUCUUGGACGACGAUUAUUGAUGGGUUGCUGGAGUUCGGGAGAGUUGAGGUUGCUGAGCGCUUGUUCUGGGAGAUGCCCACUAAAGAUGUGGCUGCCUGGAAUUCAAUGGUUCAUGGAUUUUUUAGUAAUGGUAGAAUUGAAGAUGCUAUAGAGUUGUUUGAGAAAAUGCCUUCUCGGAAUGUGAUUUCGUGGACUUCGGUGAUUGGUGGGCUUGACCAGAAUGGAAGGAGUUUUGAAGCUCUAGUUUUUUUCCAGAAAAUGUUGGCUUCCUUUUUCAAGCCCACUUCAAGCACAUUGGCCUGUGCAUUGACAGCUUGUGCAAACAUAUGUGCUUCCUUCAUGGGUGUAAAGAUUCAUGGUCUAAUUGUUAAGACUGGUUACUGCUUUGAUGAGUAUGUAUCUGCUUCCCUUAUAACAUUUUAUGCCAACUGCAAGCUUAUAGAGAAUGCUUCUAGCAUUUUCAAUGAUAACACACAUAGAAAUGUCGUGGUCUGGACAGCUCUUGUGACGGGAUAUGGAUUGAACGGUAAGCACGAAGAUGCAUUACAGGUUUUCAAGGGCAUGAUGAGAAUGUGUGUACUUCCUAAUCAAUCUUCUCUUACUAGUGCUCUCAAUUCAUGUUGUGGAUUAGAGGCUGUUGAUAGAGGCAGGGAAGUUCAUACUGUAGCCCACAAGCUAGGUUUGGAAAAUGAUAUCUUUGUCAGUAAUUCUCUUAUUGUCAUGUAUACUAAAUGUGGACACAUUAAUGAUGGGAUUGCUGUCUUCACCAAAAUGUCUAGAAAGAAUGUUGUGUCCUGGAAUUCAAUUAUUGUUGGAUGUGCACAACAUGGUUUUGGAAUGUGGGCUUUAACUCUAUUUACUCAAAUGAUUCGAAUGAGGGUGGAUCCAGACGAAAUUACACUCGUGGGACUACUUUCUGCCUGUAGCCAUUCUGGGAUGUUAAAAAAAGGUAGAUGUUUCUUCAAACAUUUUGGCAAAAACUUGCGUAUUGAGAUGACAAAUGAGCACUAUGUUUCUAUGGUCGACCUCUUAGGCCGAUGUGGCCAAUUGGAAGAAGCGGAAGCGUUGAUUCAUAACAUGCCUAGUAAAGCAAACUACAUGGUGUGGCUAGCAUUGCUUAGCAGUUCCACCAACCAUUCUAAUGUCGAUGUAGCUGAAAGAGCAGCAAAAUGUGUGUUGGAUCUACAACCAAACUGUAGUGCUGCUUAUACAUUACUCUCAAAUUUAUAUGCUUCUACUGGCAAAUGGACUGAAGUUUCCAAAAUAAGGAAAAAGAUGAAAGAUGAAGGGAUUUUAAAACAACCUGGAAGUAGCUGGAUUACAAUUAAAGGGAUCAAGCACGAUUUUGUUUCAGGAGAUCGGUCUCAUCCAUUGAGAAGAAAGAUAUACCAAAAGCUGGAAUGGCUACGUGGAAAGUUGAAGGAACUGGGUUAUGUGCCUGAUCCUAAAUUCUCCUUGCAUGAUGUCGAGACGGAGCAAAAGGAGGAGAUGCUGUCUUAUCAUAGUGAGAGACUUGCUAUUGGAUUUGGAUUAAUCAGUACAGUUGAGGGUAGCACAAUAACAGUAAUGAAAAACCUCCGCAUCUGUGGUGAUUGCCAUAAUGCCAUCAAGCUUAUAUCGAAAGUUGUUGGUCGUGAAAUCGUCGUAAGAGACACAAGCCGCUUUCAUCACUUUCGUAGUGGAAUGUGUUCUUGUGGAGAUUACUGGUAGCAACUGUGGUGGUUCAAAACACGUUCAGAUAACGAAUUCCAUAAUGCUCAAAACAUCAUGCUUACAUGAAGAGGAAAGAAGCAACAUUAUCAACUAUCAACCACUUUGAGAGUAUAUCUUCUUGAAGCAGAACAAGAAACCGAAAUACCACCAAUAUCUAGUACCUUCAAGCACUUAAUAAGGAGAGUUUUCAGCCUGUCCAAGGGAUCUAUACCGGUAGUUCUUGUUCAUAGUUCAUCCUAAUCUUGGCUUGAAUGCAGUUUGGCUGGUGAGAAAGAGAUGCCUUUGAAAAGUAACUAGGAGAAAAUGUUUUACAAAAAAGUUCAAAAGACUUUAUUAGGUUAUAAAGUUGUGUAACAGACGAAUCUCGAAGAAAAAUGGUCCACAUGAAUCCACUGAACUGGACGUACUACCAAAACCCUUUCUGAAUAUGAAUUAAACCCAAGAAAUUCGCAAAGAUGACGGUUACAGAGAAAUCAGAGAGAGCCAAUUCAUCGAACACGAAAGUUGUAGAAAUCAAGAAGGAACAAGUAGAAGGAGGAGAAGAAGAAGAAGAAAAAGAUAUCGAUCUUUGGUUGAACGAACUGGUGAAAGAUUCCGAUUUGAAUGAUCAUCAACUUCCAAUCGAGAAAGAUCUGAUUAAUGAAGAGGAGGAUGAAGAAGACGCCGAAGAAUUGGAGAGGUCAACGAAGCGAACAAGAACCACAGAAUCAAUGAUGAAGAAUACGGCGGCGAAUGCGGAAGCAGAUGAAUCUGAAUGGGGAAUAGAUCCUCUGGAGAUAACCGAGGAAAUCGUAUUGAAAUACCGCGACUUCAUUCAUGACAUUUUUCAAAUGUUGAAAGAUGAACAGAAGGAAGAUAAAGAGAAGGAAGAUGAAGAGAAUGAAGCAAAAAUCCAAUGGCAGAAAUGGAGCGAGAUUCUUGAGAGGGCAAAAGUCCUGGUUGAAACUCUGAAUCGAGGUCUGGGAACACUGGCUUUAGAAAUGGAAUGGAUGAAAUCCAUAGAUGAAUUUGAGAAGGAAUAUACUCUCAGAGAAACCCAUGUUCCUGAUCUAUUAGCUCUACUUCGAGACAUAAAUACAGGUAUAGAAUCUUCCACACAUUUCAGGCUAGUUUCAGACAUGAAGAACAGGGAUGAAGUGUUAUCAAUGUGUUUAGAUGAGCUUGAGAGAUCCAAUGAAGAAUUGACUGAAAUGGUAGAGGUAAUCCAAGAACUGAAGGAAUUAGAAUUACAAGAUGUUGAAGAAGAUGGAGAAGAUGGAGAAGAUGGAGAAGAUGAAUUAGUAUUAGAAUUAGAAGAUGAUGAAUAUGAAGAAUUAGAUCUAGAAGUUGAUGAAAAAACAGAGUAAGUAAUGGAAUUUCUGCAAUUUGAUCUUACAGGAUUGUUUUAGCUUUUUGAUAGAGUGAAAUUUCUGUAAAUUUCUUAACAUAAUUCUUGGGAAAUUUUUACUCUAUAAAUUUUUAGUUGUGGCUUUUCAGGAUCAUUGAUGUUUGUUUACACUCUAAAACACUUGUAAAUGCUACCAGACAA